AUGGCGACAGCGCUUGUGGAAAAGCUAACCGCCUCUGGCGGUACCGAGUCGGCGGGAUUCCUCAACGACAUUGUCGAGCAGCUAUGGCCUCACAUCAACAUCGCCGCGGGGAGAAUGACCAAGGAGAUCGUCGAGCCGAUGCUCGCCUCCAUGCUGCCGGGUCCCCUCUCUACUUUGCGUUUCGUCAAGAUCGAUCUCGGAAAUGUUCCUAUGAGAUUCUCCGCGGUAGACGUUCACAAGACCGAUAAUGAGGGUAUCAAGCUUGACAUGGACCUGGACUGGGACGGUCAGUGCGACAUCGAUCUCGAGGGAAAGAUGGUUCCCAAGCUUGGUAUUGAGAAGGUCCACGUACACGGCAGACUCUCUGUCCUGCUUUCACCGUUAACGGACAUCAUUCCUCUGAUCGGAGCGGCCCAAGUCGCCUUCAUCAACCCCCCAACCCUGAAACUCGACUUCGCCCACGCAGCCAACAUCGCCGACUGCUUCCUGAUCGAGAAGGCCGUCCGCAAAGUCAUCCUCAACAUCAUCUCCUCCAUGGCCGUCCUGCCCAACCGCUACCUCGUCAAGCUCGACGGCAACCUCGACUGGUUCAAGGCCUACCAGCCCCACCUCGGCGUCCUGCGCCUCACCGUCGACAAGGCCACCGGCAUCAACGGCCCCAAGAAGAGCGGCGCCAAGAGGCUGCUGGACAAGCUCAUCAAGGACGUCCCGGACUGCUACUGCAGCGUCACCGUCGGCGCCGAGGAGACGUGGCGCACCAAGACCGUCAAGGACAACCGCGAACCCGUCUGGGACGAGACGCACGACUUCCUCGUCACCGACUUCGACCAGAUCAUCGCCCUCGACGUCGACGACGAGGACCUCGUCGGCGACGACGACAUCGGCCUCGCCUCCACCACCGUCAAGCAGAUCCUCCUCGACGGCGGCACCCACGAGCUCGACCUCGUCCACAACGGCGAGCCCACCGAGGCCAAGAUCACCAUCCGCGCCGAGUUCUACAACUUCGUCCCCGAGGCCGGCGCGCUGACGGCGUCCGAGGCUCUCGGUGAUGGCCAGAUCUGCGGCCUCGCGACCGUCCUCGUCGGCAGCGCGCUCGGGCUAGAGGGCAAUCGCAGCGACCUCCACCCCAGCGUCAAGGUGACCUGGGGCAAGAGCGAGUUCCAGACGCCGGUCAAGACGUACAGCCCCGGGACGGACAUCUUCAACCCCAACUUCGACACGGCCUUCAGGAUCCCCGUCACGCCGGACAUGGUCGGCGCGGGGGAGAGUUUCAGGAUCGUGCUGAUGAACAAGACGGACGAGACGGGCGCCGUGGAGAUCCCGUUCUCCGAGGUGCUGGAGGCUCCCGAUAUGGUGAGGGCGGAUGCGUUCGAUGUCGGUUCCGGCGCGUCGGUGAGGGCGAGCAUUUCACUGCGCGGACUGCAGCAUGCUCCGGUCUAA